AUGGAAUACGAAAAUCUUGGGUGGCUCCCCAAGCCGUCGCUUCCAACCGUAAAAGUUUUCGUGCGAGAGUGUUCUUGCCUUCCCGCAGACUACGACAUUAUGGGGAUGCGACCGUACGAAGAAGGUCAACCGCCAGAUAUCGAGUUGGAUGCGCUGUUAGCCGUUGACGAGGACGAGGCUCAUAAGGGGGGCGGGACGUGGCGCUUGUUAGAGGGCUGGUUGCCAUUCGACCGACUGUCGCUAUUGCCGCUGCUGCUAUCCUCUCCGCCAUCCUCAAGCUCUUCGGGGCGUAUUUCCAUAACCCGUUGGGAGACUCACACCCUGGCUAGUAACCAGCGGGGGAAGCCUGACAAAAAUCUGACAAAGCCAAAGAUGUUGGCUCAAGUGUUCAUGAAAACGCUUCUGCUUUUGAUUUCGUGGUCCUUGCGCACUUCGACAUCCAUGGAGAUUCUGUCGCGACAAAAACAAAGCCUACAAAUCUUCCAGGCUCAUCACACCUCAAGCUCAAGUGUUUCCCCUUCAACCGUUGCUUUUCACACCUGCCCUUGUUUCGUGGUCCUCGCGCGCAUUAACCUCCAUAGAGAUUCGAAGAUUCUGUGGCGACAAUAUCCACGCUUCCAUGCCUUCAGAAUCCACACACCUCACGCGUUUCACUUUCAACGAGGAUUGUCCACAAGCGUGACAGGUCACAGUGACCGUCACGGAAAAAGUUGGAAAAUCCGCUUAUUCACCGAAAGGCGGUGUGCCCAAACCCAGCCCUGCCUACACUCGCGCGCCAUGAGAGAGCCGCUUCGUGGGAUAUUCGACCCAAAAGAUUCAAGUCAUCUCGAAAACCUUAGAAGCUACAAGUUGGAGCUUAAAACACGAAGCUUGAGAUAUUCAAUGAACGAUCAGUCUCCCUCCGUUCUAGAGAUGAAGUUCUUUGUGUUUCAAGUUCGAGUGUUGCUGUGGCAGGCGCCAGUGCUGGUCCAGGGCCCUGGCCUCGCUGGGGCGCAAAGACAGGAAGCAUUUUGUUUGGCUGUCCCUUUCAAGAAGCACAGUCGUCACAUGCACCAGGCUUUCACAAGUACUGACUUCUUCCAUCUUCCUGGACCCCUCUCCUGGUCCUCUCCUAUUAAAUUAUCUAGGAGGAAGUUUCCUUUCGGGGCUUGCUUCCAACCGCUAUAUAUUGCCCUCUCAAUGUCUGUGCGUUUACUAGAAUCUUUGUCUGAGUCCGGAGGUGGUGAAGACAUCCUUACCACGAAGAAGAAGCCUCGAAAACUCGACCACAUGAUGAUUAAGCUCAGGCUGAAUAUGGGGCUCUCCACAGCGAAACGCCACCUGUUUCAAACCUUCCUACCGAAAUCCUCUGCCAAAUCUUCGAAGACACCCAAGAUGCUUCGCGGAUCCAUAUGGCUUCCAAACACCCUUUCGUGGAAGUCAUCAUCUCACACGUUUGCAGAGGAUGGCGUUCCGUCGUGUUGUCCUUCCCACCACUGUGGUCAACAUUUCGAUAUGAUAGUAUUUGCGACCGGGCACAUCGUCGAGCUCACACCUACUCGACCUCUACUUCCAUGGGUGUGCACUGGUAUGUAUAGUGACGUGAACGGCGUACCGACACGAAGGUGGCAUCAUCAGCAAAUCAUCAGCACCCACCACAUCGUUCAAAAGGCCUCAGUGAACUUGCACCGAAUCCCCCCCCCCGAUCCCAAGCUGCGCCGUGACGCCUUUUAUCUAACCCCAUCUUCGCCUACACCAUUGUCUUAUCCUCCAAAAUCCCCGGGAACCGAGACUGGAUAUCAGAUUUCCUGUCGCCCUUGGUUUCAGAAUCACGUACGCCUCGAGUCCCAGCCUCAGCCAACUUUGAUAGCACGAAGAUCAAUUAUGAGAUGGGUUGGGUACACCUCGAUUGUGUGCUGGUCAAUUGGGUCCUGUAGCCGAUUUAUGACAUCUCAAUACUGCUCAUGUCCUAACUCUUACUCUCUAAAGACAAAACAUAAUGCCUCUGAUUAUGCCCACCAUCACUUUCACGGAUCACAUUGCUGCGUUGUCGUCUCGUCCUCCAGCGGCGUCCACGGCCCUUCUGGUUGUGCGCGCGACCCAAACGGCUGUUAUCAUGUGUCUGCAAUCAAUCGAAUGAGUCGGGAUUUUCGAAUGUGGAGAGGAUGUUGGUUACGUCUGGGGGCCGGGGGUUGGAGACGACGGAGAGUUGGCGCCUCCACCUGUAAGGCUCCAGGACCUAUGACUUUGGCACAACGUGACUACUUCAAACCGCGCUUCUUUCAAGACAAGGACUGA